GCCGCCCUCGGGCUCGGCAGCGGGGCCGAGCGGCGCCCGGGAUGUUCAACCGGGCCGUGAGCCGGCUCAGCAGGAAGCGGCCGCCCUCAGAGAUAAAUGACGGCGAGGGCCACCCAAGCAGCAGCCACCAAACCUUGAAAGGAACCUCGAAAUGGGCGACAUCACUGGAGAACCUCCUGGAGGACCCGGAAGGAGUGAAACGGUUUAGGGAAUUUUUAAAGAAAGAAUUUAGUGAAGAAAAUGUUUUGUUCUGGUUAGCAUGUGAAGAAUUUAAGAAAACACAGGGAAAAAAGCAGAUGCAGGAAAAAGCUAAAGAGAUUUACAUGACUUUCCUGUCCAGCAAAGCUUCCUCCCAAGUGAAUGUUGAAGGGCAGUCCCGUUUGAGUGAGACCAUCCUGGAGACGCCUCACCCUCUCAUGUUUCAGAAGCUCCAGGACCAGAUAUUCAAUCUCAUGAAAUACGACAGCUACAGCCGCUUCCUGAAGUCAGACAUAUUCCUAAACCAUAAGAAGAGCGAGGAGCAAGAGGAGAACUCACCAGAGGCUCAGACUGCAGCUAAAAGAGCAUCAAGAAUUUACAACACAUGAGACACAAUGGAUCCCUUCAGGAGAGGCAAUACAAUAAGGAAAUUACACUCAGGAACAGCCUAGGUUUAUAGCAGUUGCAUUCAGGGCUUGGAAAGCUCAAAACCUUUUUAGGAGAUACUUACCUUCUUAAUUGCUUGAGUGACUAAUUGUUUUUGCAUGAUAGCUAUUAACCAAGCACCCAUGGAAGGACUGUUUCCCAGCUAAAAAGCUGAGGUAUUCCUCCACUGCAUGACUUGCCUUUCAUAUUUCACAAGUUAAAAUGCUUUCAGUUCUUGUAUUUCCUUUUGUGAGGCGUCUUGGUGACGAGAAAUGGGAGCUAGCGUGGUCGGGUUCUUAUUUUUGCCUUGUAAUUUUUAUUUGGGACUAGCUCUUCCCUCCUGAACUGCUGGGAGAAGCAGCUGAGGAGUACAUUUCACAUCAGUUUGUGGGUGAGUCAUUCAUAGCAAAUUUAAUCAUAAAGGGACAGCAUCUUUCAGGGUUAAGCUCAGUAGAAUCCAGUCUCUUCCUGUGUGAUUUUGUUCUUGCAGGGUGAUGUCUGUUUUGUUUUGCCCUUGUUGCUGAAUCAAAACAUUUCCCUAGUCAGGAUUUUAAUUUUUGUAUCUCCUAAAUUCCACCCCCCACCUUUUUUUUUUCUUUCUUUUGCAUUAGACAAUCACCUUCUUCAGAGGAUGGGAUAAUCUCUAUUCCCUUGGGAACAAAGGCUCUGAAAGAGACAGAACCUCUGAAGAACUCCUAACGGCCAUUAGGAAAUGUGACAGCAAAUAAUGAAAUAUCCCUCUCAGGGCACACUGAUCUCAGCAAAGCUUGUCUUUGUCCCUCAGAGCACUGUGACAUCAGAUGCUGCUGUCAGGAGACAUCUGCUCUCCCCCAGGUCUCCUGAGCAAUCCUGCUCUGUGCAGCAACAGCGCUUUGGCAAAGGACCAACAAACCAAAUCUGGUUUUGUUUUACUCUUUUUUUUUAUUUUAUUUUUUUUUCCCCCCUGCUGAAAUCGCCCUGCCGAGUUUUGUUUGCCCCGCUCAAAUAUUUCAGGGUUUCCUAACUGUGAUUCUGGAGAGCUGCUGUUGGUUUUGGGGUUCAGGCACUCUCACAUCCAGCUUGAGAGCAAAGGGAAUUUAUUCCUGCCCUAUGCAAUCAAAGGCUGGUAGAGAAAGGCAAUUCCCCAUGGGCAUUCCAUGUUGUCCCGGGAAGGUGUCAGCACUGAAAAGCGCAUUUUGGCAGAGUUUUUCACGUGUUCAUGUGUUUUUUGGUUAAUUCUCUGCAGUGUUACUAAAUUGCAUUUUAAGCUGGGAAAGUGUAUUAGCUACUUGCUCUAUUCACAAGCUUUGCAGCUGUAGUCUGGCUGUUUCCCACUCUCUCGUUAUUUACUCUUCCAUUUUUUUGCACUGCUUGUCUUGAACUUUUGUUUAUGUGCUGGCUAAUCUAAAUGCACAGUUAGCUUUUGAACAUUUUGUACUUUUCUUCUUUUUUUGUCAGAAAGGCCAGACGUGUUUCAUACACACUGCCACUAUUGAUAUUUAAAAUCUAUUUGUCAUUUUUAGAGUGCAAACUCACUUGGUAGAUUUGAUUAUUUCUUUUAACUCUGAGCUGCUCUUGCAGGUAUUGUGUAAAGGAAAUUGCUUCCGUGGGCUUUUCCCUAGUUAAAAGUGGGGAUGGAAGUUCUGAUUCCUCUCCUAGAGCUCCAUGCCCUGUUCAUUUUUAGGAAGACAAGGAAGAGGUCAGUGCCCCCAUAUGCAUAUUGUAAGGUGUAAUUCUUAGGCACUGAGUUAAUGUUCUUUUUAUGCUCUCGAAAGAAUUAAUGGUGAAGUCAUAUUCCUUCAGGCACUUUCUGUGGUAUUUGACCUCGUGCUUCAGCUGUGUUUCAAUGUUUUACUGAAUAAGAAUGAACUGAACAUGUGCAUGAAUCCUUUUUUUUUUUUUUUUUUCUUUCCUCUGAUGAGGCCUAAGAAAUGGGACAAUCCAGUUCUGGACUUGCCAACUAUUUGUAGUCUCAGGAUUACCCCUUUGGAAAAUCCACUGUAAUAACAAAUUUUUAAUGCCUGCCACAGCAGAGGACAGAACUUCUGAUAGCAUCAAAGUCCUUGGGAGUGGCCAGCUCAACCAGUUUAGGGCUGGGGAUUUGUGUUUUCCCAGUGUUUGCUGCUUUAGCCUUAGUGAUAUUGAAAAAUUCAGCAAGGGGACAUUCAUGGGAAAAAUGCAGGAUGAGCUCUUACCACGUUUUCAUCACAUGGGUGCACAGCGGAUUCAUUUUUAAUCAUAUUGAUUUUAAAAAUGCAUGAGCAAGGCAGAAGAGCCUUUGAGCAUCCUGUUUUAAAUUGAUAAUAACAGAGAAUAAAACCAGGAGCCGUAUGAACAAAGGUAGGGUGUCAAAGAGAGAAAAGAAGUUUGCAGCUGCUUAUGAGCAACACUUUCCUUGGCACUAUGCUCCCUGUCAGGCGCUGCUUUUGCUUGCUCAGAGCAAAUGCCCCACGUGAGCAGACACAAAGGUGCUUUACACUGCCACGAGACAAAAGUUACUGAAAUGGAAAUGUUUUAGAGGCAUCUCUAAUCCUAUGGUGUUUGUUUCAAUGCCUAUUAUGUUUCUAACCUAAUGUACCUUAAGCCACAGAAUUCUUAAUCUUUGAGUCGCUCCUCUACCUCAGAGGCUAAAAGCUGAGUGCAGCAUUCUCUUUGUGGUGCCUGGGUUUAGUUCCAACAAGUAGAUUUGCAAUGUGCAGAAAGCAAAGAUGUUUUUUUCCUAUCCAUUAGAAUAUCUGUAUUUUUCAGUAAAAGGGCAAUCAAAUUAAAACCGUGCGAGCAGAUGUCUGUAAUUGCAAUUUGUGUGUAUGUGGGGAGAGUUGGUAUUAUUACAAACUUGCUUCUGGAGAUAGGUGGCACAGAACAAACCACACAGCCAGAAAAAGAACUGCUUCCCCAGGAGUAAAUCCUUAAUUCCAGGGGCAACUGCAAACAUUGCAUCCCACCUCAGGCUGUAAGUGGGUGCUCAGAGUUGCUUGAUGUAGAGAUUAAAGAUAGGAUCUACUCUUCUUCAUAGAACUUACACUGAAGGUAUGAGCACACAAAACAAGCAAGAGAAGAUUCAUGCCUGAUUGCAUGCCUUAAACUCUACCCUAUUCUGUGUUUCUCAGCUAAAAAAUAAAAAUAUUCUACAGAUACACC